UUGGAAUUAAGAAAGUUACAGGACUCUGCCGAUUUCUGUGUAUAUAUAAAAAUAUACUCCGUAUAUUUCAUAGAAUUUAUUUUACGAGGGAUCACAAUGGAGAGCUGCGAAUUACCGAAAGAGUUGGUGAUCGAGAUUCUUGCCAGAUUGCCGGUAGAAUCUGUUAUGCGGUUUAAAUGUGUAUGUAAAUUCUUCUACGAUUUGAUAAAAAACGAUCUUCACUUUGUCCACAAAUUCGACGAAAUCAAUCGAGGGAAAUAUAGUUAUGCUGUUAUAAAGCUUCAAAGUAUAGCUAUCCCUGGUUACGAACUAUUUGGUUUGCUUCACAAAGAGUUGGAUUCCGAUGAGAUCGUGUGCACUUACUUAAAUAUUCGGAAUUCAAGAACGAGAUUUUUAACUUGCUGUGAAGGAAUGCUGUGUUUUAUUUUGAGUCAUGGGGAUUUCGAGCUCCAUCCGAGUCGUUUUCCGGAUCGGACUCUUGAUGUUUUGAUAUGGAACCCAUUCAUUAGACAGCUUAAGCAAUUACCAUCUAUUACAGUGCCCAGAGAACCACCCUCGCACGGUAAAUCGGGCCUUUGCUUUUUGAGGCAAUCUUUUGGGUUCGGGAUUUCGAAAAAUAAGGACUGGAAGGUUGUCAUGAUAUGGGAUUUUAUGGUAGGCCAACAUUAUUGUCCAAUGGUAAUGGUUUGCAGCAAAACCAGGGAUGGUUCGUGGCAUUGGAGACAAAUCGAUUCGGUUCCAAAUUUUCAUGCGUGUAAUCAUCUUGAUUUUUGUUUUAAAGGAAAGUAUUAUUGGCGGGCUUGUGCGAGAGACUGGCGGGGUUCUGAGCAUCCUCUAAAAGAAGAUUUGUUUUGGUUUGAUUUGGACGAUGAGGUUUUCGGGAUGAUCGACUUGCCAUACACUGAUCAACAAUCUUUGGUGACAGUCAUGAAUGACACCAUUACAUUAAUUGUUUAUGCUGAUGCGGAUCCAAAGAGCUUAGAGAUAUGGCUAAUGAGUGAAAGCAAUAACAAUAUUGGUUGGAAUAAACAAGCAACCAUAGAAUUUGGUGAGAACAUGUACAAGCAUGAGUACUGGAAGCCUGUUCUUCUUUGUCAUAGAAAGGAAAUUUGGGACUUGGUUGGAACGUGGAUUCAGGAUGGUCAUUAUCAUUUGCUUUUGAUUCCAUAUACUCUUUGGAAUCCUUCCAUGGAUUUGUCGGAGUUCGGUCAUCAUAUUCUUCCUUGGUGGCAGAGAGAGGGUUAUGGACCAUAUUUGAUCUCUUUAAAUUUAGAGACUCAAGAAAUGAAGAUCAUUUAUUUGACUCAGGUAACGAAGCGUAUCCAUAUAGUUUGGACACCAACCACAGGAUAUGAUCAAUUUUUCGACGAACGAGAUAUAGAACAUCCAAAAUGGUUUGAGCUGAAAACCAUUCCGACUCUAUAUACUUUUGCUCGGAUUUUCCAUGGAAGUUUGAAUUUUCUUUAGUAUGAAAAAUGUUACGUACUAGGGAGUACUACGUAUUUAUUUAGUUUUCUUUGCUUCUAAAAUUCUACUGCACGCCGGGUUAAACUAGUACUCCGUACUACGUAGUAUGUAUGGAGUCUAUGGACUAUAGAUCGUUUGACUUAGUGACUGUUUUGAAUUGCACUGUUACUUUUUGAUUGGGUACGUUGGAAAUAGUUGGUUUUACUUUAUUGAUUAUCAGGAAAAU